UACACACAGACACAGUGGAGGCACUGUGACACCAGUGUAAUACAAGGAGGAGGGCAUUGCACACGUGGAACCAGCUCCAUCUUAAACCACUACAGAGAGCUAAACAUCUAAGCAUCAAUGGCUGCAGCAGCAAAAAAGAAACCUAAGCAAAAUGGAAAACCCAAACCCAAAACCAUCACAGAGAAGUGUAUGAACCUUAAGGUGAAGCACCUGUUUUUCCUCAUUGUCACAGUGGCCCUGCUGGCAUGGGGAUUCUCUGUGUACAAUGCUUCCAAAGACCCAACCCCUCAGGCUACAGCACCUCAGAAUGAAGCCCCCAAGGAAACAGUUUCCAAAGACGAGCCCCCUAAGGAAACAGCCCAGAAAGAUGAGCCCCCUAAGGAAACAGCCCCUAAAGAUGAGCCCCCGAAGGAUACAGCCCCCAAAGAAGAACCUCCAAAGGACACAGACCCCAAAGAAGAGGUCCCCUUGGAUGAACCCCCUCCUGAUGCUGACCAUCAGGAUGUCAAACACGUGGUGGAGAGGGACAUAAAACAGCAGCAUGACGACGAAGUUGAAAGUUCUCAGCAGCACACUGAUAACCAGAAAGAUGAUGACCACAUCAAGGAAGAACCAAAAGAACAACCUUCUGAAGAAGCACAGGAAGUUCAACCCCAAGAGAAGGAAAGCAUCCCCCUAGGUGAUCGACCUGUGGAAGAGGCUCUUGCUGGUCAAGGUCACGAAGAGGCCCCUGGUGGUCAAGGUCAUGAAGCGGCCCCUGCUGGUCAAGGUCAUGAAGAGGCCCCUGCUGGUCAAGGUCAUGAAGAAGCCCCUGCUGCUCAAGGUCACGAAGAGACCCCUGCUGGUAAAGGUGAUGAAGAGGCCCCUGCUGGUCAAGGUCAUGAAGAGGCUGCUGCUGCUCAAGGUCAUGAAGAUGCCCCUGCUGCUCAAGGUCACGAAGAGGCCCCUGCUGCUCAAGGUCAUGAAGAGGCCCCAGUUGGUCAAGCUCAUGAAGAGGCCCCUGCUGGCCAAGCUCAUGAAGACGCCCCUGCUGGUCAAGCUCAUGAAGAGGCCCCUGCUGGUCAAGUUCAUGAGGAGGCCCCUGCUGGUCAAGGUCAUGAAGAGGUCCCUGCUGCUCAAGGUCAUGAAGAGGCUCCUGCUGCUCAAGGUCAUGAAGAGGCUCCUGCUGCUCAAGGUCAUGAAGAGGCUCCUGCUGCUCAAGGUCAUGAAGAGGACCCUGCUGCUCAAGGUCAUGAAGAUGCCCCUGCUGAGCAAGGUCACGAGGAAGCCCCAGUAGGUCACAAAGAGGCUCCAGUUGAUCAAAUAGAGGCCCCAGUAGGUCAUGAAGAGGCUCCUGUGGAUCUAAGCCAUGAGGCUCAUGCUGACCACGGUCAUGAUGAAGUUCAUGCUGCUCAAGAUCAGGAGACUGGAGAUGUUCCUGUGCAACAGACCCAUGAUGACAAAGACAAAGUUCAGGAAGAGUCAAAUCAUCCAGAUGCGCAAAGUCACAACCAAGAAGAGGCUCCUGAGGGUCAGGAUCAUUCACAAGGAGAGGCUCCAGUUGGCCACAUUGGGGAAGAACAGGAGCACCAUGAGGAAAGCAAGCCAGACAGUGAGGAAACGGAUCAUGAACAACAUGCACACGAGGCCCGUGAACCAAAAUUUGACAUCAAUGAGCUCAAAUCAAUCCUUGCAGAGAAAGCAAAACCAUUCUUCCAGAUCCCUCAGUUAAGUGAUGCCAGCAUGCAGAUUAAGGUCAAUACCAGCGAUAACACAGAUUUGUUCCGUGACGUUCCUGACACUCGUAACUUGGCAUGUAAACUGACAGCACUUGGUUACAAGCCUGAUCACCUCCCCAGUGUCAGCAUAGUGAUCCCAUUCCACAGAGAAUCUUGGUCUGUCCUCCUCAGGACAAUCAACAGUGUGCUACUCCGUACACCACCCAAGCUCCUCAAAGAGAUCCUGCUGAUUGAUGACUGGUGUGACUUGGAUGAAAUCAAGCAACCCCUGUUUGAGUAUGUAUCUACUGUUCCUAUCAUAAAAAUCAUCAAGACUAGUUCUCACAUGGGCGUGGCUAAGGCAAAGAUGCUUGGUGCUCGCCACGCUACUGCAGAGGUCAUAGUGUUCAUGGACGCCCAGGUUGAGGUCAAUCACCAAUGGCUGGAGCCCCUCUUGACUGAGCUGGAGAAAGACGCUGCAGUGAUGGUGACCCCUGUUAUUGACUACAUCUACCCAGACACCUUUGAGUACGAAGGCUCCACAGCUCUUCAGAGUGCUGGUUCAAUCGACUGGAGAUUGUCCUACGUGUGGAAGACAUUCCUGUCAGACAGCUUAGGCCACAGGAACCCAGAGGAUGUUCUAUGGACUGAAUCAGCAUUGGGAGCUGUUGCUGCUGUCAACCGCGAGUUCUUCUUCCAGAUUGGUGGUUUUGAUGAAGGGAUGGCUCAUCGCGACGGUGAUAAUGUUGAGAUUGCUCUGCGUUACUGGAUGUGUGGCAACGGUGUUCAGAUUCAUCCAUGCUCCCAUGCUGGCCACCUCUUCAGGCACAGGCUCCAGUAUGUGGUGCCCUCCUACGUUGACACAAUCCAUAAAAAUCGCCAGAGGAUUGCUGAAGUGUUCCUCUAUGAUUACAAGAACACAUUCUACCAGCUUAACAGAUACAUUCCAUUCACUGAGCAAGAAGAAGAGAAACUCCUGAACAGAGUAAGAUUCCAUGAUUCACUGAACUGCAGAUCAUUUGAAUGGUAUCUAGAAAACGUAGCCUUUGACCUGGCCUUCCCUCCUAAAAACGUUGCCUAUUUUGGUCAACUUGAGAGCCGUGCAACUAAGGAAUGUGCAACAGGAAGUGACGCAGGAAAAAUGGCAUCAAUGCGGGACUGCAGUUAUCGCUCCAAACUGCAGACCAUCUCUUUGCUAUCCAAUGGAAAUCUCAUACUUAAUGACCUCUGCCUCUCAACGACAGGAGAACCCAACGUCUGGCAAGUGUACCAGGAGAACUGUAAGGAAAACUCCACCAGGUGGCACUUUGAAGAAGGGGCACCAACAGGGCUCUUCCCUCUCCUGGACUACAGACCGUAUCAACCCUCAGGGACCUUACAUGUCUGGAACCCUCAUACUGACAAGCCCUCCGAGCUCUGUCUGGAGGUUGUAGUUAACCCAGAGGAUGAGACUCAUGUAGUGGGAAUCCAGGACUGUAACACUAAGUCUAAGUUUCAGUACUGGCAGUUCACACACAAAAUUGAACAGGAUGAGGAAAAAGUAUAACAAAUGUGAAAAUAUACUAUGUGGUAUAUUUUAUAUAUCAUAAUAUAUAUUGUAUAUUAUAUAUAACAUUAAGAUUUCUGAACAUAAGUAAAGCUCAAAAUGUUAUCACUAGCAGUUAACUAUUACAUAGUAAAUAUGAGGUAAUGUAAAAUAAGUGUCACAAUCCAGCUAAUUUUAAGGCCCUGUU